AGAUAGUUGUAGUGACAGUGGUAGUGGUUGUUGUAGUGGUGGUGGUGGUGGUGGUGUUAAUUGUGGUGCCCCCAGGAAGCCACGCCGCAGUGUGUGUGACGUCCGCACACACACCUCGCCACCAUGACUGACAUCGAAAAGAACUAUUUCGCCUUUUGGCGGCGCUUGUCGCGGCGCAGCGCAUCCAGCCCAGUGCUGUCCCGCGCCGCUCACUCCUCUCGAGCCCCACAACACCCACAGCCAUCGCGCCCCGCCCGCCAGGUGCUAUCCUCCCAAGACCUGACCACUGUGCCCGAGGAGCGCCGCCUGCUGCCUCUCAGGGGCGGUGAGUGCCACUCCGCAGAGAACCUGCUGGAGGCCUCGCCUCUCAGUGGGCGUCGGGUCUCCUCUACGGGCCACCUGGGGCGUCCCCUUGCCGGCUCCGCCGCCUCUAAGUCCACUGGCGCCCUAGAGUUGAGGGGCGGCUCCAGUCAGAGCAAGAAGAGCAAGGAGGAGAAGAAAGGGAAAGAGGACAAGAAGGUGAAGGAGGACAAGAAGCGUCGCCUGAAGCUGCACCUCGGCAAAGCACGCCACCCCGCCGAUGCCCGCGCCAGAAAGCGAAGUCACAGGGGUGCUGCUGAGUCCCUGGCAGCCUCGCCCUCCCCUGACGCUAAUGACGGCGGCUUGACGCGCUCACCCUACGAUUAUCCACUGCCAGACAUUGGAGACUGUGUGGCCUCACCCACCUACAACAUCCUCACGCCCUCAGAGCUGUACGAACGCCGCUCCUCCCGCAACGGCCGUGGUGCAUCGCAGCGCAUCACACAAACCUCCACCACGCCCGCUAGUGCGCCUCCACCCUCCACAGGGGACCUUUCCUCCGCCCCUCUAGACAGGCACACUAGCCAGCAACCGCCCUCCGCCACUCCAGCGCAGCCCCGGGAGUUUCCUUUGCCAGACCAGGCCAACCCGCCUCCCGCUGAGCAGACUGCCAGGCUGGAACGCCAGCAGGAAAAACAGCAGCAACAACACCAGCAGCAGCAGAAACAGCAACAGCAGCAAGUGGACGAGGACAGCGGGGAGUACGCGGUGCCGGGGCCUCCUGUGUUUAUAUAUGACAUGCCGCCGCCCCCCAGGCUGGUACACGCCGCGCCAAUCAGAGCCACCGAGGAUGCCCCGGACGCCAGGAUGACUCGCGCUGCCACACCACCAGACCUACAAGCUGACGAAGACCCCACCUCGCCCCACGUCCAGCCAGCCGACCCGGCCCCUGCCCCUCUCACUCCAGACGCCGGCACAGCCCGGGAGAGCACCAGCCCUGCGGCUGCCGAGACGCCCAAGGAAGAGGCUGCCUCCCCAGUGCCUGGCCAUGCAGGGAACGAGGCCGGUAAGCUCACUGAGGCUGUGAGGCGUACUCACAGCCAGCCCGUGGAGGGCUCGCCCCACAGCUCCCUGAGACGCAGCCACAGCGAGCCGCGGCGCAUCUCGAGCGGAGAGCAGCCCAGCCCACACCACCCGCUGACCCGCGCCCUCACGCCCGCUGAGAGUGAGGCCAUGCAGCCCAUCUUGGACGAGCAUCUGGCAAAGCACGGCCUGCGUGUGCUGGUCGAAGCGGGCGUCAAUCCAAACUCACUGCCCGACGCCCCACGCCACGCACCCCUCGCCAACUCAUCCAGCACCCCUUCUCCCUCACCGCCCCGCCCCGCCACGCUGCCCCUGCGCACACAGGGGUCACCCAUUGAGAACGGAACUCAUCCUCCCCUCAGAAGAACGGAUUCCGAACCUCCUCGAAGGGGCGCCAAGCCGCCGCCGCCAGUGCGCUCUCCCACCACGCGCCUCACCACCGUACCGCCUUCUCCCGGUGGCCGGGGGACACCAGGGCAGGCCCACCUGAUGCACCGGGCUAGCUCCCUCACAUCCGUGAUGAUGGUGGAGGACCCUGCGGCGCGCAUCGUGACGCCGUGGGCCACCACACUCACCAGCACUCACACAUUGGAGCCCCUCCACACCCAGCCUGGCGAUCACCACCACCAAGGCUUCCACACCUUCCCCCAACGUGGCCACGCCCACCUCCGUCACCACCACUUCACCACGCCCGCAACCAGUGCCGGGACGCAGCGACGCUGGUCGCUAUCCCUGGAGGAAGACGUGACGCAGUACGUGGCGGACGGGCAGGGCGCGACGCGUCACUUGCGGGGCCGCGGUAUCAGAAACUACUUUUCCUUGACGCGCCCCUACUCCCAGCGGCCCCACCAGCGUGACGUGGCUCGCGCCGCCCUGGUCAACUGGGCGGCGAGCCAGAUGGCACAGCGGCCCCCGCUGCCUGCCCUGCCCUGGAGGGGACGAGGAACCCACCCGCCCAUCUAUGAGGAACGGGAAGACCAGCUGAAGGACACCGCACAGCCACGGCGCAGCCACACAUUACCAUUGCAGACCAAAAGCUCCAGUGACUCAGACCAUUCUGUGGGCGGCCUGAGAACAGCCUCACUGGACAGGAUGGCCCGCCGCUCACACGCCCACCCGCCCACCGCCCACCACGCCCACGGCCCCCACUACUCCCUCCCACGCCGCCCGCAGCACACCCAGCGGCUGGCACAACCUCAUGGCAAGGGUAAAGGCUACGGGUACUCUCCCCCUGCGGCAGUGUUUGAUGACGACCCUGGGAUAAUGAGUGAGGCUGAGACAUCCUCCACGGGAUUCCGCAGGGGAGGAAAACAGCGAGCCUCUCUCCCCCCCGCCCGCUCCCCUUCCUCCAAGACUCUCGACGCCAGAUCCUUUGAGUCGGAUGCCAACAGCUCUUUCUGGGAUGACGACCCGGGCAUCAUGAGCGAGGCGGAGACGUCUUCUACAGGCCGCGGCAGAAAUGUUAAGCCUCGCACUUCACUUCCCAUAGUACGCACGCCCUCCAAGACUCUAGAGCGGCCCCUAGGCCUGGUCUUCUUACAGUUCCGAGGGGAGACGAAGAGGGCGCUGCUCCCCAAUGAGAUCACCACGCUGGACACUGUGAAGGCGCUGUUCGUCCGCUCCUUCCCCAAUCAGCUCACUAUGCAGUACCUUGACCUGCCUUCCGUCAAGCUGUACAUCCACGACUCCUCUAAAGAUAUGUUCUACGACCUCGAGGACUUGGGCCGAUGUCUAGAGAGAGACAUCAGGGACCGCUCCGUGCUGAGGGUGUUCGAGGGGGAAGGCGUGAACGGACAGGGAUCAGCGUGGGACAACGGCGGGGACCAGUCUUACUUCAGCGAGCCGGAGUUUGAUUCAGAUUUCCAGCAGCAACAUGUUCACAGCAAAGCAAAGAGUGGCAAGUCCGGGGGCUACUACAUGGCGCACUCCUACCCUCCCGGCGCCCCACAGCCCAAUGCAGGGAUUGCCCCCAUCCCCCGUGGACCCCGACCCCCCUACCCACCAGCGGGGGGCGCCGCGCCCCCCAAGCCCCAGCGAUACUCGAGCGGGCCGGGCGGGCCGUCGGGCGGGCCGCCACCCAUGAUGGGCGUGAAGGCCGGGCUGCGGCCCGCGGCGCCGCCCCCGGGGCUACCCGAGGGCCCCCGCCCACCCCACCUGGCCCGCUCCUUCUCCUCCUACUCGUCCUCGCCGGAGCGGCUGGAGCUGCUCUACUCCUCGCAGGAACGCAUGCAUGGGGAUGGCUACCUGUCUUCCCCGGAGAGGUCCCCGCGGCCCUAUGGGGGAGGGGGACCUGCCUUCCUCACUCCUACCCCGAGUUACGAAGACCCUUAUUAUGGGGGCCAGUACCCAUCACGCAGCGGCUCCGUCACCCCCAUCAUUGACGAGGAGACCAGGUCAGCGUUCUACAGUAUGAGGGUGGAGCAGAUGGAGAGACAGCUGGCCUCCCUGACCGGUUUGGUACAGAAGGCUCUACACACGGGCGUCGCCACCUCCCCGCGCCCUGACCACAUCCCCCUGGCGCCCCCUCCUGCCGUAGCUGCCGCCGCCGCCGCCGCCUCCGCAGCCGCUGCCGCUGCCGCCCAGGCCAACAACGACAGGGGGAAUGACAAUAACCAGCGAACGACUAAUGACUUUCUUCAGGUCCCUUCCAAUUCCUCGUUCAGCAAGACUGCAGACGACUCAUAUCUCCGGCCUGACACAAAACCUCCAAAAUUGGGCAAGGGGAGAGAAAAAUCGGUAUCAUUUGAGAAAUCAGUUUCCUUCAGCGAUGACCUGCCUGACCUCAGCACACCUCCAAAGCAGCACGUCCCUGCAGCCGAGAAACAGCCUAUGAAGCCAGCGAUCAAGUGCUCCACCCUGCCCAGGAUGUCCUCCCAAGUCCCCCCUGCCCUCGCUUGGCUCUCUCCCCCGACCCGCAGACGCCAUCUUGCCCACCAUGUGUCAGCUCUCUCAGACUCAUUACGUGCCAAUAAUGGAGAGGCUCUCAGACCACUCAAGCCUGCCUCCACCCCCACUCCUCCUCCCACUACUACUACUACUACUACCACUACUACCUCUACCACCUCCCUCAAGCCACUGCCUCCGCCAAAACCUCCCAAUUUGAUGCUCACACGACCAUCUCUUUCACUUCAGAAUUCGACAGACCUGCGGCUCUCCCCUGAGGUGUACAACCAGCUGAGGGUGUUGCAGAAGAAGGCCAAGGAACUGCGCACUGACGUCAGGAACCUUCGCAAGACUUCCCAGGCCAACGCUCUCACCAUGAAGGAGUUACUGAGGGACACCUUCACCAAGAUUACGUCAGUGCUUCAGUCCAAUGAGGAGAGCUUACUUCAAGGCACCUCAGACGCUGAGAGGGCGAGGAUACAGCGGGAGGAAGCAUCUUAUCGCCAGGACAUGAACAAGCUGGAUAAGGACCUCUGCGACUUAGAAUUGAAAGUGGAAGAGCUGCGGAACAAUGUUAUCAACCGGCGACUCCGCGUCAACAUGUCAGACGUGGAAAACAUGGCACUCAUCCUCUCCAGAUCAAGCAAAACAGUGGCAGACUUGAAGGCAAAGUUUCCGAUUCUCCAAGAUGGGUUGAAGGAUCUUAUAUCGGCUGAGAUGGAGAGAGCAAUUUGCAACGAGAAGUUCCUUAAAGAAGAGCCUGACAAACUGGAGAGUGCGCUGAGAAGAUGCAAAAAACUCACUGGCACUUUGGUGACUCUCAAAAGGUUAGCCUCGGUGCAGGAGCAGAGAGUGCCUCCCUUAGGGCCGGGUGGAGUGCCUGUGGGUGUUGCCAAUGGAGACCCCCGGGCCACCUCCCCCACCCCGACAGAGGACCUCCGCGCCUCCAGCAGUAAGGUAGAAGACCGAAAUACCCCCAAGUUGGAUGUUGGCCAUCAGCCCGGUGUUGUCCCGAGCCCUCACCUGGCACACCCCGGAGCCGCCGACGGACAGCCGCGCCUUCGUGCAGAGAACGCACUCGACGCUCUGCUAGACGAGCUGCAGACCUUUGCCCAGCCGCCUUCUGAGGCUGGCAGCCGCAAGAGCAGCCUGGAGCCUCCUCCCACACCUCAGAGCACCACUGCGCCUGCCACACUCACCGCCAGCACCACCGUCAAGCGGCUGCCCUCCUUCCCCAGUUCUGACUCACAGUCCUCACCCGUCAAGACGCCUGCCAGUGCCCUGUACCCUGGGGCAGCUAGCACACUGCCCCGGGCAGCCACCUCCAAUCCCACCCUGGCCUUGCGGGAAGCCCCUGGGCAGAAGCUUGGUCUGGCCCAGGUGCUGCAGGGCAUGGGCCAGCCUGGUGACCCACACCGUCUGCCACCACCGCCGCCGCCGCGUACCUCAUCCCGCUCCCCAAUGCUGUCACCCACGUCACCUCUAGGGCCAGCUGGCCGGGCUGUUUCCCUACCGCCGGGUGGGCCAGUGGUGUCCAAGGUGGGUGAGGUGCUGCGCAAUGCUGAGGGCCGGGAGCUGUACGGGCCAGUGUUGAGGCAGCGGCCACCCUUAGGACGUGGCUCCUUCAGUGAGGACUCCACUGCUUCCUCUGCCUCCACCAACAGCUCCACCAGCAGUGCCAAGGCUGGCCAGCUUUCCUCCAACAGCAGCAGCACAGAAAGCGUCAACUCCCAGGAGGGGGCAGCUCCCCACCGGCCACUUGGCACAGGUGGACAACCCCCGACGCCUCCCCCUAAACAGCGACAGGAGAACUUGGAGGCACGGCACAUGGAGCUGCUGCGGCGGCAGCGGCAGCUGCAGGAGCAGUACCAGCGUCUGCAGUCAUUACAGCGGAGCGGUGGGCGACCAACUCCGGCCAACAUAGACCUGAAGAAGACCGGCAGUGAGAGUAAUCUAACAGCACGUCUGGGCUUGUCCUUGGCCCCCGCCCCUCCCCAUGGCUCCCUCUCAAAUCUAUCCUCCCCCAGCACACACACCAACACCCUUCCCAACCCCAAGACUUCCUCGGCCGCCCUCUCAGUGGGCAACGGUGGCCCCACCUCACGCCGCCCCGCUGGCCUGGUGGAGACAGACAUCCUCUGAGCCGCUGCUGCCGUGCCCUCUGAGAUGUGUAUAUAUGUACAGCACACACACAGACAGACACCACGCUGCCACAGACAGUGGCACAGUGCUAGUCCUGUGGAACCUUCUCUCUUUUUUGUCGCCACAUGAUGUUUGUAGGCGUUAAAGGGACACUGCGGUUCAUGCCACAUGUGGCCACUACCGCACCAAACAAUCAAAACAGACUCAGCCCACUGCUGCCGCCACUUGACUAAGGAGGGCCAGCUCGUGCCUGGCCACACUGCUGAGUCCUGCAUGAGUUUGGAUUGACUGGUUGCUCAAGAUGAAGGCAGAGCAGGCAGCAGCAGGCCCAGGCUGUGCAGGCCCUGCUUUGCCCCUGCCAGGGCCUCCUGCACUAGUAACAUUUUUGCCACCACAAACAGUCAGCUUACACAGGUCUGGGGAUGGGGAGCAGCAGCAGCAGCAGCAUCAGCAGUAGGAGCAGCAGUAGCAGCAGCCUAUGGGUGGCUCAUAGCACAGCAGGACCAAGCCAACCAGUAAUCUGACCUGCCUCCAAAUUGGUGGUGAAAUCUCUAAUCUCCUGGUCAGAGGACAUCCCAUGGAUUCCUCUGUGACCGAAUGGUGGAGUCCUGCAGGGAAUGUGCUGGAUGCUGCAUUCCAUCAAAAUUUAACAGGAAUUUCUGUGUUCAGAGGAUUUACACAAAAUACUCAAUCAGAACCUUCUCCCCCUAUGCCUGAGGGUGCAUGAGGCAGGCAGGCAGGCAGAUAGACAGACAAGACAGGUGGUGCUCAGGGCUGCAUCUCCAAGGUGGACAGAACUGUGUGCCACCAUUCCUACCAUGGAAGGAAAUGCUCAUGUACAUAAGAUUUAUAAAACAGAUUCGCACACGUUCUAUGUAUUUAUUGUAAGAGUAUGUAUGUCUUAAGUUCUGGGACUGCUCUCCGCCUCCUGCCCUUGGGUUCUACCCCAUGGUGGUGUGUGUGGUGGUGACUGCCACAGCACACAUGUCUUGUAGAGCAGCCUUGGGGCUGUAUAAUGGCAGGCAGACCAGGGCAUCACACAGCACCACAACACCACUACUCCAGGCCAGACAGUGACCCUCAUACAUGUUGGAAUCAAUCACUCUGACUGUUCAACUCUGACGGGAUUCUCACUAGUUUCUUUAGCACCGUGUCACUGGCUGGUGAAGACUGCCAGUGCCUCGGCUCAGACAGUAUUUACACACCCUCAGGAAUCUGCAGACGUCACUAUUGAUAGCAAACAAAGUAUAAAGAGAGACAAUAAAUCCUUACAGCAACAGCAGCAGCACUCCUCAUGUUUGGUGUGCCGUCAAGACUAGACUAUGGUGCAUCUGGUGGUGCUGGCAAGACAAGCACCUUGCAACAACACCUCACCUUCCUUGCUAUCCUGAUCUGUCCUCUCCGGCUCUCACCCAAAGGUUAUUCAGUAUUACUAAGCAGCUGCCCCUAUGUGUUCCCCCUGGAGUGUAGCCUGGUGCAGGGCAGGAGUGUGCCGCACUGCUUGGAGAUGACAGCUUCACCGCGUGUGUCCCUCCUCCUGGCCCAACUGUGACCCCCCUGGCAGUGAUUGCAUGACCAGAACAUCCCUUAAUUCAUUGUUGAUAUUCAUUAUUAAUCUCAAGAACGUACGUAACACUGACUCAAAGGGAGGAAAGAAAAUAAGAGAUGUUAUGUAUACUAACAAUAAUGACAGGAAAACUUUCACAUCAUCAUCGUCUCGUAGCUUUUGAUAUCAUUUUCCUAAACCGUGAUGAAGCUUGUAACUCGCGUGUGUGUUUGAUAACCGAGUAUCUGUGUAGCUACGUAUUUCAGUACAACAACCUUGGAAGGACAGAGUGUGGAGAGAGCAAGUGGGGCCAGCUGCCUUGUAGAGACCUGACUAAAGAGCUAUGUGGCAAACCUUCAACACACACACACACACACACACACACACACACACACACACACACACACACACACACACACACACACACACACACACACACACACACACACACACACAUGUCUUUACAAUCAAUCACACAAUACUCACACAGUACUCUUAACUCAAGCUGUUCUCAUCCUCAUGAGUGGUACAAGUUCUAGUCUCCAUAGCAGCACUACAGCAGUCUCCUCUAUGGCACCUGACCCCUCCCCAAAGAAAUACAUGACCUGCUCAAUGCACUCUUGCCAUUGCGUUGAAACACUUCUGGUUCCGGCAAUGGCCUCUGUCGGAUGGUAUUCCUUCUGUGCCAAAAAUCAAUCAGGAGUCGGCCUCUUUACAAUGUGCAAGUCAAAAAACAUAAAAAGCAAGGGAAAGAAAGAUUGAUGGAUGGAAAAAAACAUUAUUGUGAGGAGCUGUAGUCUGUGACUAAGCAAUAUUUUGUAUGUUUGUCUGAUGAGUUAUAGCAACAAUCAGUGUUAUCUACCUCUGUGACUCACCAGUGCUCCUCCUCUGUGACAUGUGUUACGCAACAAGACAUGGAGAGCAGGUUAAGGGAAAACGCAGCAGCCAUGGCCAGAGUCUUUUACAUUUCUGCAAGGGCUGCCGCAUCAAAACUCAUAUCACUACAUACUUCAUUUGUUUUAUAUUUUACGGUAGAAGAAAAAAAUCGACGACACUUUGGCAAUUUUGAUGUAUCAUCUCAAGAAUUCUUUCUGCCACUGUCUUGGUGGCUUGCUUUCCUGUGAUUCGUUGGAUUUUUGUUCCCUGCCGGCCGUGCAAGUCGGCGAUGAGGAAUUUUGUUGUUUCUGUGGCAUAGCUAGAAAUCUGCCAUGGUUUAUUUUCUCUCAGUGUGCUGCUUCUGAAGACAAGACAUACAGGAAGUCUUUGGUUUAUGCCACUUGUCAUUCUGUGCUGCCAGUCACCUCUCUGCAGCCUCACACUGACCCCUGUAUUCCAAAACAUUUCACACUCACCUCAACUGCUUUUUAACAGGCUGUAGUAGAUGUCACCAGUUUUUCAAGAGUGUUUGUAUGAUUUUUUUGUGAUAAUAGGUCCAGCACCAUCAAUAGAAAGAUCACCCAUGCAAACCUAGUCAUCUCAGCAGCUUUUGAAAACAAGAGAGCGAACAAAUUUAAUAUUAAAGAGUACAGGGCCAGGAGAGCCAUCAGAGGUGACCUCAGGCUGGUCUCUCCUCUGGUCCAGCUUGUAGGAGUGACUGUGGCAAUGAAUAAGUAGCAUGAUCCAACAGCUUCCUAUAUUCCUCAGUCCCAUAGGUGCCUAGAAUGAAGACGAUCAUAUGAGUAGCCUGCCCUGCACGCCCUCAGCCGCCCCACUGACACUCUCAUGUCACCACAGAGUAUUAAUAACUGUCUUGAGUAGUGAGAUAUGAGUAUCUUAAUUUUGGAUUGACUUUCAGGGUGUAUGAUGGAUGUUUCUAGAUGUGCAAUAGUUUCAUGGAGCAGUAGAACAUUUUGGUUAUCAUAUGAACAAAAUGUUUUUUGAUUUGUGAAUGUGUGUAUGAUAGUUUUGAAAAGUUGUAAGAUAUCUUUGUUUCUCUAGUGGGAUUAAUUUGUUGGUAAUUUUUUAAUGAAUGAUACUUUCAAAGAAUCACAAAAUACCUUUGUUCUCUUAUGAAUCCAAUGUUUUCAUAUUUUAGGAAUGUGUGAUGAUUUCAAGGGGUUGUACAAUGUUUCUGUCUCCCAGUGAAUUGAACACCCAUAACACUCCUUAGCAUAGUCAAAAAGCAGGAUACUUACAUUUUUUAUACAUUUUUCACCACUAUGAAAGCAUAACACAAGCAGUGCCAAAGUAAAUGAACCAAACAGAGUCAUGACACAUUUUGUAAUAGAGUGGUGCCAUGUAGGCCAAGGCAGGACCAAGGUGGCGGUGGCAGUGGUGGUGGCCUGGGCAGGACGUGCAGGCGGCCCCUCAGGGUAGCAAAGUCUCACUCUUCCUGCCGCCUCUGCUUCACCUUCAUGUUUUCGCCUUAUUAAAUAGUCUACAUAAAUUUAUCAAUUAAAAGAAAGAAAGCCUUCACAGAAUAGUGUUCACAUAAUGCAUGGAUAGAUAUUAUGAGUUGAUUCUUUGUAACUUUAAAUUUCUGUAAUAUACAUAUGCAUAUAUUGUAAUUUUAUAAGGAGUUCUAACUUAUGGGAAGGCUUGUUGUGGUGUGGUUAGAGAGACACACCUGCUGUGCUGCCAUGGUGCAGGUGUGGGGUACUUCAUUAACUGGGUUCUCAGGUGACGUGGAAGUGGAGAUACAUCGAGGUGCAUUCGUCAAACCGCAGGAAAGCAGAAAGCUGGAAUAAACAAAAAAAAAAUGUAUGCAGAGUUACUGUUGUGUUUCAUUACUUAAAAAAGAAAUGUUACAAAAAAAUAAAUAAUAAAUAAAUAAUAAUAAUAAACUAAACAUUAAACGUUUCAUGUCUGUCCGAGUCUAGUUCCUUGCAUCUUGUUUAUUUCCUUAUGACAGGCUCAGCAAGUUUAAAAACUAUGUUAAUUUUUAUCUUUUCUUUUUAUUGAAUCUCUAGGCUUAAGCGUUCCUUCUUGCCAAGGCGUGGAAUUACUGUUUCCGGGAACCCACUACGAGAGCUGGGGGUUGACGAGAGCUGGUAUGUGUACUAUAUGUCCUGUUAAACUUAUUUCAAUGAUAAAAAAGAUAUGUUUGCCACAAAUAAAACUGCAAUUAC